AUGCGACCUCUUCGGCCGAUGUUGCGGCCCAGUCGACCAUUUUUGUCAAGAGGCCUGCAGAGCUCAAGACAAUGCCGGUUUGCAGACGAAAAACCGCAGCCGUUCAAAAACCAGCUGUACGAAAGUACUCAACAGCGCUUGCGGCGUGAGCGCGCAGAGCAGGAGCGGUAUGCGCAAUAUCAUAGUCAGUCGCAGGGCGGGCGCUAUGCAGCUUUGAUGUUUGCACUGGUGUUCUUCUCGACCGGAGCUUACUACCUAGGGUCACUGAAACCCGCAAGUCUCCCAACGACGUCCACAUCAAGACUCUACGAAUUAGAACCACCGCGGCAUGAUGUUUCGCCGUCGAACCUACAAGCCGCUUGGGCGGACUUUGUUGAGAUUAUAGGGAAGGAGAAUGUCUCCACAGAGUAUGCGGAUCUUGUCUCGCAUGCAGGCUCAGACUGGUCAUCCUACAAAACGAAGGAAAACGAGAAGCCCUUCCUUGUUCUAUACCCGUCAAGUACGGAUGACGUCUCUCGCAUCAUGAAAGUAUGCCAUCAGCGCCUCAUCCCAGUCACGCCGUACUCGGGUGGAACAAGUCUGGAGGGCCACUUUGCUCCCACAAGAGGCGGGGUGUGUAUUGAUUUCCGUCGUAUGGAUCGAAUCUUGGAGGUACACAAGGGCGACCUGGAUGUUGUGGUGCAACCCGCCCUAGGAUGGGAGGAAUUGAACGAAACUCUUUCUGAGCAGGGUCUAUUUUUCCCGCCGGACCCCGGCCCUGGCGCCAUGAUCGGUGGUAUGGUGGGCACCGGCUGUUCGGGAACAAAUGCCUAUAGGUACGGAACCAUGAGGGAGUGGGUUCUCUCGCUGACCAUUGUUCUUGCGGACGGGACAAUUAUCAAGACGAAACAGCGCCCACGCAAAUCAAGCGCCGGCUACGAUCUCACGCGUCUGUUUAUUGGCAGCGAGGGUACACUUGGGCUGGUUACAGAAGCUACGCUGAAGCUCACAGUCAAGCCCAAGAGUCAAAGCGUUGCUGUUGCAAGCUUCCCCUCGAUUCAUAGCGCAGCUCAGUGUGUCACGCGCGUCGUGGAGGAAGGGAUCCCCGUUGCGGGCGUGGAGAUCCUAGAUGAUGUUCAAAUGAAGUGCAUCAACGCCGGCGGCACAACGUCGCGACAAUGGAAGGAGACCCCCACUAUUUUCUUCAAAUUUACGGGCACACCAAACGGAGUUAAAGAGCAAAUCGGCCUAGUCCAAAAGCUUGCUUUAACGACCCAUGCUAAAUCUUUCGAGUUUGCCCGCGGAGAAGAGGAAAUGCGCUCGCUUUGGAGCGCUCGUAAAGAGGCUCUCUGGAGUGUUAUGGCGAUGAGACGCGGCCCAGAGGACCACGUGUGGACGACCGACGUGGCAGUUCCCAUGAGCAGACUUCCUGACAUUAUUGAAGCUACUAAGCAAGACAUGACACAAAGCGGGCUACUGGCCGGCAUAUGUGGCCACGUCGGAGACGGCAAUUUCCAUGCGAUCAUAUUAUGGAACGAUGCGGAGAGAAAGACUGCAGAGGGUGUAGUCCAUCGCAUGGUAAAGCGAGCUGUUAAAAUGGAAGGCACCGUGACCGGUGAGCAUGGUGUUGGUCUCAUUAAACGAGAUUACCUCCAGCAUGAGCUUGGAGAGUCUACGGUAGAUGUCAUGCGAAGGAUUAAACUGGCCCUGGAUCCACUUCGUUUGCUUAAUUGCGACAAGGUUGUUCGAGUUGAAGCGCCAGAGCCCGGGGAGGUUAAGGAAUGGUGA